CUUCAGACCCAGAGCCAGCCACUCAGUGAACCAGAGCUCACCUCACUCCUCUGAGCUUCAUCUGAAGAAGAUGCCUCUGCAGUCCACCCUGUCGGGCAGGAGCUCCAGCUCCAUCCAGGCUGAGAGCACUCAGUGGAACGGGAAAACCUUUGAGCAGCUCAGACAGGAGUGUCUCCAGAAGGGAGUCCUGUUUGAGGACCCAGACUUCCCUGCUGCUGACUCUUCUCUCUACUUCAGUCAGAGCGUUCCUGUCCAGAUCCAAUGGAAGAGGCCCAAGGUGACUGCUGGCUCCUGGCAGCCAUCGCUUCUUUGACUCUGAAGAAAGAAGCUCUGGCUCGGGUCGUCCCCCCUGAUCAGGAGUUUGACCACAAAUACGCUGGAAUCUUUCACUUCCAGUUCUGGCAGCACAACAAAUGGCUGGACGUGGUGGUGGACGACAGACUGCCCACAGUCAGAAACCGUCUCAUCAUGCUUCACUCUGCCUCCAACAACGAGUUCUGGAGCGCUCUGAUGGAGAAAGCCUACGCCAAACUACACGGCAGCUAUGAGUCCCUGAAAGGUGGCAGCACCAUGGAGGCGAUGGAGGACUUCACUGGAGGAGUAGGUGAAAUGUAUGAAACGAAGAGUGCUCCAAAGGACCUGUUCUUAAUCAUGAAGAAGGCUAUGGACCGGGGUUCCAUGAUGGGAUGCUCUAUUGAUAUCACCAGUUCUGCAGAAUCUGAGGCAAGAACCAGCACAGGUCUGGUGAAGGGCCACGCAUACUCCAUCACAGGCCUGGAGGAGGUGAGUUUCAGAGGUCAGAAAGUCAAUCUGGUCCGAAUCAGAAACCCCUGGGGUCAGGUGGAAUGGAACGGGCCCUGGAGUGACGAGUCCAGAGAGUGGGAUUAUAUUGACAAAGCAGAAAAAAAGCGCAUCUUGCAGAACUCAACUGAUGACGGUGAAUUCUGGAUGGAGUUUGAGGACUUUAAAAGAAACUAUGACAAAGUGGAGAUCUGCAACAUGACCCCUGAUGCCCUCAGUGACGACAUCAAACACUUCUGGGAUGUCAACGUGUUUGAGGGCAACUGGAUCCGUGGCUCCACCGCUGGAGGCUGCAGGAACUUCAUUGACACAUUUUGGACCAACCCACAGUACCAGCUGAAGCUGGAUGAUGCUGAUGGUGAUAAUAUGUGCAGUGUGGUGAUUGCUGUAAUGCAGAAAAACAGACGGAAACUGAGGAAAGAAGGCCUGGACCUGGAGACUAUUGGCUUUGCUGUUUAUGAGGCUCCAGAUGAAGUGGACCAAGUGGGAAAGGAUUUCUUCCGKUACCAUCCCUCCAAGGCUCGCAGCAGGACUUACAUCAACAUGCGGGAAGUGUCAGAACGUUUCACCCUGCCCCCCGGGAAAUACCUGCUGGUCCCAACCACCUUCCAACCCCACCAGGAGGCUGACUUCCUCAUCCGCAUCUUCUCUGAGACGAAGGCCGGAGCUUUAGAGAUGGGAACCACUGUGGAUGCUGACCUGCCAGACCCGCCCAUGCCCAGCGCACCUGAGGAGGAGACGGAUGAAGAGAAAGGUCUGAGGAGGCUGUUUGAUCAGCUCGCUGGUUCGGACAAGGCCAUCUGUGUCAGAGAGCUUCAGCAGAUGCUGAAUGGAGUCCUCAGCAGACGAAGAGAGAUCAAAUUUGAUGGCCUAAGUCUCAGCACCUGUCACAGUAUCAUCAACCUGAUGGAUGUGGACAACACCGGGAAGCUGGAGUUUCAGGAGUUUAAGGUCUUCUGGGAAAAGAUGAAGAAGUGGAUUAUGCUCUUCCUGGCCUUUGACACAGACCGGUCAGGGAAGAUGUCAUCAUACGAGCUGCGCAACGCUCUCAAAGCUACAGGGAUGCAGUUAAACAACAAGCUCCUGCAGCUGAUCGGUUUGAGGUUUGCUGAUGACGAUUACAACAUCGACUUUGAUGACUACCUCACCUGCAUCGUCCGGCUGGAGAACAUGUUCCGAACGUUCCAGGCUCUGGACACAGCUAACAAGGGACGGGUCAACAUGAACAUCAUGCAGUUUCUCAUGAUGUCCAUGAAUGUCUGAGGAGGAGCUGAAGGCUAACAGGUGGUAGCAGAGUGCAGUGGUGCACACCCACUUCUUCCUUUUUACAUGUUUAGACUUGCAUCUAUCCAGCUGAUUCUUUGUUUGAAUGAAUGAAUGUUUUCUGUAUGUUUACACAUCUAGGGUUAUCUUUUGCCGUCUUGAGCUUUUGAACAAAAUGUUGGUUUUCUGUACUCACAAGAAUAGAACAAGUUUGAAAUAUAAAAACUAUAAAUAUUACAGA